AUGGUCAUUGACGACAUUCAGCCCAAGAACGUCGGUAUCAUCUGGAUCUGCACCUCAGCGGCGGAAGCGAAUCCGGACGACUUGCAACCUGAAGGUCCUGAGGAACAUCCGGGCUACGAGCAUUUCAGCUUCGACCUGGCACCACCAGCGAUCCUUCAAACGUGCGUCUCCCUCAGGAAGGAGUUACGAAAUAGCUACUAUCACGACAAGAUCUCAAUCACAGUGAGAAUGUGCUGGUGGGGUAUGGAUGAGAGCUAUUUGCUCCUGGGACAGUACUUGCGAAUGAUGGGACAGGAAGCUCGCCGACAGAUCAAAGCCGUGUCAGAUGAGGGCUGGCACAAGAAGACAAAUCCAGUGCCCGCGCCCAGAUGGGAGCGCUUUCAGUCUUGGGAGGUCGAGAUGAUGCUAGUCCCUGUGGUCCGCGAAAAUUGGGAAGCAGAUCCUGGGUGCGACGAGAUUUGUCCAGACACAAAUCAAGACUACGAGUUAAACCAACACUCCAUAUCUCGCCAUACGAUGACUGGCGACAUAGAUACUCGCGAGAGUACAGCUCUGCUCCAAACCCCGGCGACUCCCUCGCCUUCCCUGGCCAUAAGCACCGAAAGCCACCCUUGUUACCUCCUGGACCUGCCAGUCGAGCUCCUGAUCACCAUUGGACAGCUACUCAUUGAAGAUUUACCCAUCAUCAGAGUCAGCGAUGUCACCAUUCGACGUGCUAAGAAAGGACGCACUCAGAGUGGAUACGCAUCGCAUACGUGGCUCGCAGAGGGCUUCAACCUCGCUCCGCCAGCAUUACUCCAGACCUGCUCCGCCUUGAGGAACGAACUGAGAGCCGACUACUACCGCCAGAGAGUAACGAUCAAUCCUUAUUCGCAAGGAGGUUCCAACAAAAACGAUGACAGACUUGGGAGAUACUUGCGCAUGAUCGGGCCCGAGGCGAGAAAAAGCAUCCGAGUGUUUCCUUUUCUGACUUCCAUGGGCGAGACGGAAGCACCGAGUGAGCCACCGCGGAAGGACUUCUCCCGUUGGGAGGUCGAGAUGAUGUUCGUUCCGAAGUGCUACCCGGAGCCAGGGAAGCGGGAUGCUCAAAGCGAGGACGUCACCACGAAACGAACGUGCCUGGGCAUGCAAGCCUUCAUCGGGCCGCCCAUUACUUUUAGUUUACAACUUUCGACCUUUCCUUCACAUCUACGACUCCACCGGAUAUCGGCAUCACCACCUGAGACGAUGGAAGAUAAGCAGAGUAGCUUGGACAGUGAGCCACCGCCGUUACAUGUCGCAAGUCCCGAAGCACAGCCCUUCCGCCUUUUCGACCUACCAGACGAGCUGUGGGUGAGAAUUGGAAAGAUGGUCAUUGACGACACACCCGCCAUGAAAGUCAGCAAAGUCGUCACUCGUCCGACACUCGAGCCAAGCUCGCGGAACAAAAACUCCUCGAAAGAAUACGGCAUCGAUCUCAACCCCCCAGCUAUCUUGCAGACCUGCUCGGCGCUCAGACGAGAGCUUAGAGCAGAGUAUUACCGGCACAAGGUAACCCUUGCCACGUCUGUGAAUUACAAGCAUGGGUCGAACUCGCUCUCAGCGAUCAGCAAGCUGGGUCAGUGGCUGCUCAUAAUCGGCCCUGAGGCUCGGCAAGAAGUUCAGGGAAUUUACCACGGCGACUUUGCAAGGAGAGGAGUCGCAAUACUCGCAGCUCCAGGGUGUGCCAGAGGGUUGUUGGAAUCUCGAGCGAGAGGACAGGACUGGAAGCUUUGCGAAUCAGCAUACGAAAGCUCGGUGUACAAGCGCAAACAUGUAUCAGAGAGUGACUAUACCUUCACACAACGACAUCUCUACUCGAUCUCUGCAUCGGCAUCCGCAGCGAUGGUAGACAAGGAAAGCAGCGAGCACCCAACUCUGCGCAAGCUUCCGCCGAUUCCACUACCCCCAGCGCAGCCUUUCCGCCUCAUGGAUCUGCCGGAUGAGCUUUGGGUCCGGAUUGGCAAGAUGGUCAUCGAAGAUUCGGCCGCUAUCCAAGUCGGUCACAUCGAGAGGGACAGGAACGUGGUCUUGGGACUCAAAGACGGCGAAGGUCAAAGACCGAACGGAUGGAUGUACAGCUCUGAACUCACUCCACCUGCGAUUCUUCAGACGUGCGCAGCUCUGAGGAAAGAACUGCGAGGGGAGUACUACCGUGCCAAGAUCACAAUAUCGGUGAAACGACGCCCGACAAAUAGCACAUCGGUGGAAGGACGGCGAGCGAUCGGUCAGUAUCUACGCAUGAUUGGACCACAUGCUCGGAAGAUGAUUCAGGCAACCCAUUCGGGCUUCAUGGUGAUGAAGGCGCAGGAGAAAUUGGGAAAGCCACCGGCUCAGGCAUUGAGCGGCUGGGAGGUGGAGAUGAUGUGGACAUCUCAUACAGCGAUGGAGACCAAGAACAAUGCAGAGCUCGUGCGUAAGCAAAUCCCGCAGAAUACUUCGCAGACCAAGAUGGACUCCUUAGCUGCUGAAACAUCCCCCUUUCGUCUGUUCGACCUACCGCCCGAGCUCUGGGUGCGCAUCGGCAAGAUGCAAGAACUGAACUUCGCAGUCGCCUCGAGAGUAAGCAUGACAAGCUCUCGCGGCAAGCUUCCGCCUUCACUUGCUACCAAGUCGCAGCCUUUAGAGAAUUACGACAACUCGCCAGAAUCGUCAAACGUCGUGACUGUGUCUCAGCAAGCGCAGCAGCCCUUCCGCCUCUUCAAUCUGCCAGACGAGCUUUGGGUGCGCAUCGGAAAGAUGGCUAUCGAGGACAUGUCCCCCAACCUCCUCCCUGGCGGCGAAAGACCAAAUACACCCGCCAUUCUCCAGACCUGCUCAGCUCUCAGGAGGAAACUGCGACUGGUAUACUUCGCGACGAAGAUCAAGAUCUCCCUGCUCGAGAGUUAG